UUGAAGCCAAAAAUAUUUGUGUAUAUUUUCUUUAGCAUCUAAGUCCCAAAAAUAGGCCAUGUCGAAUUUGAGUUUCCUUCAGUUUCAUUAUAGCAACUCUUUGGGGAAGUCAUCUCCACCCAAAAGUCCCACCCUGAAGAGAAACAACUUCAUGUCAAGACAGACAUCAAGUGCAGGGUGUAAUUUUCAGCCAAAACAAGAGGAAAUGAAAUGGGUGUUUGAAAAGUUUGACACCAACAAAGAUGGCAAGAUUUCCAUUGAAGAGUAUAAAGCAGCUAUGAGGACUAUGGGCCUGGGCCUUGGUGACACUGAGGCUGUUGAGUCUUUUCAGGCCAUGGACUCUGAUGGAGAUGGUUUCAUUGAUUUCAAAGAGUUCAUGGAAAUGUUCAAUUUAGAGGAGAAGGUAAAAGAAACGGAGAUUAAGAGUGCUUUCCAAGUGUUCGAUUUGAAUGGUGAUGGGAAAAUUAGUGCAGAGGAAUUGUCCCAAGUUCUCAAAAGGCUUGGAGAGAGUUGCAGCCUUGGUGCUUGUGAAAGAAUGGUGAAGGGGGUUGAUGGAAAUGGGGAUGGCUUUAUAGACUUGCAUGAGUUUAUGAGGAUGAUGACGAGUGCCAAGAAAAUGCCCUAACUGAUCAUAUGUUUUCGUGUGCCCAUGUCUUAUUGUCUUUUCCUCAACUCUCUUUUUAUUUCUUGUGUUGUUCAUAUCUAUUUUAGGCUGCUAGAUUCAUCAUUUAAUAACUUAGUUUCUGGAUAUUUCUCUUGCUAGUAAAUGUGAAAGGGGUGUUGCGUUCUAUUAUAAAUAGGAUCAAUAUUUAUUCUUAUUCGUUGUGAUCUCUUUCAGCCAAACCAGAUACAAAGCUGCUAUGGAAUCAGAACCUGGAUCGUUUGAAUUAAUUAGAGAAAUAAAUGUCUAAACAAUGUUAAAAUCAGAUUCAACUUUGGAGUAGAAUCGCUUUUAAUUCAAUUUCAAUUGAUUGACAUUUAAGAUAAGAUAAAUUCUGUUAUACCCACAAAAAAAUUUUAAAGUUGACAAAUUUUAAUCAAUAAUAUUUAGAUA